AUGCAUCAUCUUCCCUUAGAUGCACUCAAACCUCCUUCUCUUGCAGGGAUUUCUGAAAAAAGGGAUGCUCAGAAGGAAAUGGAGGAGGAGGAAGAGGAGGAGGAGGAAGAGGAGGAAGAAGAAACUCUUCCAGGCUGUACCAUUUUCAUAAAAAACCUCAACUUCAGCACUACAGAAGACACGCUAAAAGAGGUUUUUUCCAAAGCUGGCACUGUGCGGAGUUGCACCAUCACGAAGAAGAAAGAUAAAACCGGCAACCUCCUCUCCAUGGGGUUUGGAUUUGUGGAGUACAAGAAGCCACAAUAUGCCCAGAAAGCAGUCAAGCAAUUACAGGUAACAGUGCCUGGCGGUCUGUGGGAAUGGCCCAUAGUCAUGUGGUCAGCAUAA